AUGCUACCGUUCCGCCUUUGUCUUUGGUUCAUCAUGUCGACUGCUGCAGGAAGUACCAAGCCACUGGCGAUCGUGACGGGCGCCAACACUGGCAUUGGCUUUCACACAGCAGAAGCCCUGGCGGAGCGUGGCUUUCACGUGAUCCUGGCGUGUCGCAGCUUAGAGCGCGGAGAAAACGCCCUGGCCGCGGCGCAAGGGAAGGGCAGCGCUGAGCUUCGCAGGUUGGACCUGUCGUCCUUCGCAUCGGUCCAGGCUUUUGCAGCCGACCUGGGGAUACUGGGGCGGCCCGUAGAGCUCUUGGUGUGCAAUGCUGGCUUGAACUCAGCUUCUGCCAACCAGGAGCCGGAUGGUCAACUUUCAGAGGACAAAGUAGAUGUCUUGUACCAGACCAACUAUUUGUCGCAUUUCCUCCUGACUUUGUUGCUUCUACCUUUGCUGCGCCGUGCGCGUGGCAGAGUGAUCAACAUCUCCUCCGUAGUGCACCGCUCUGCGAGUUUGGAUGACUUUGAGAUCACCACAAGGAUCCGUGAGCCCUACGUGUCGCUCUAUGGCCUCUCAAAGCUUGCACAGAUUGUUUCCAGCUAUGCGCUGCACGCCAGAUAUGGUGAGGAGGUAGCCUUCCACUGCGUCAACCCCGGUGGAGUGGGUUCUGACAUCUGGCGUGGCUAUGCUGGGUGGCAGCAGAAACUUUUUUCGUCCAUCCUCAUUUCGCCAAAAACUGCAGCCAGUACAGUGGUCGCUGCGUGCACUGCGAAAGAGGCUGCUGCACCAUGCCGACCCAGGUACUGGAACGGCUAUUUGGGCGCUGAUCGUUCGGCCUUGCUGGAAUUUUGGAGCCCUUUCCCCGCACGAGAGGCGUUGGUGGAGUCGCAACCAGCGCAGGAUCACCAAGACCCAAAGCUGGCGGAAGAACUGUGGGAACAGAGCCUCUCGGAAAUCCGUGCUGCGGGAGUGGAGAUGCAAUAUGAGCGGGCUGAACGUCAGCUUCUAGCGGCCAACAUGGAGCGACAACGUCUCAACGGCCUGGCGCAGCACUUGGCCCAUCUGGCGCUGCAGCGUUCCGCAGCCCAGCUGGGCGCCGCGCAGCGGCGCUGGAGCAAGGCGGAGCGGCAGCGGCAGGCGGCCGCGACGCUGCAGGAGGAGGCGAAGGCCUUGGGAGAGGCAUCGUUCACAGAGAUGCAAGCUUUCAAAGCGCUGCCUUCCGUUGAGCCGGGAACGCCGCAGCCGAAACGUCCCCGCACGGCGCCCGACACGGCGCCCGCCGCGCUGCAAGACACGGCGCUGGAGGAGGAAUCCAAAAGGCGACAGGCGGCGGCAGAGCUCUAUGCCCAGGCUCGACUCCAUCGAGACUUGGAGAUGGCCGUGGAGCAGGCGCGCAAGCAACUGCAGCGCCGUCACUUGGCCAACGAGCACCGGGCUGAAGCGGAAGUGGCGCGGCGCGAGAACGAGGAGCUUCAAAGCUCCUUGGCAUCCCGACGACCUGAGGGGCCUCCACCGGGGCACGUGGCCUUCGCCCUACGCUCGGCUCUGGCGUGUUGGUCCAAGCGUCGGCGACUUUGCGAGCAGGUGCUGAAUGGCGUGGCCGCUGCCGGCCUGCAGAAUGCAGCGGAGGAGUCUGGCCUGGUCACGGAUGAGUCCUGUGGUCAACAGCUGCCACCGGGUCGUUUUGACCCGGUGCUGGGCCGCAUGCCGGUGCUCCCGGAGGACGAUCCAACGGAAGCCCUUGACUCUGCCUGGUGAUUUCGGGAAGGGCCGGCUUUGGGAGGCAUGAGAAGCUUGAGCUGUGAGCCAUGGAGAUUUGUUAAUUCGGAUUUGAGCAUUGUGAACAAUGCAGAUACCUUGGAUACUUGGAUGGGUAUGUCUCAA